CUAGCCUUCCAGCUGUAUGCUGACAAGACCCGCUUGUCGUCAUUUGGAACCAGAAAAGGUUAUCCAAUUAUCGCACGACUCGCCAACCUCCCCUCUCAUAUCCGAAAUGGCGAAGGGUAUGGUGGAGGGCAAGUUGUGGGAUUUCUCCCUAUUGUCCAGGUUGAGGAUGAUGUCGAAGAGGGACGUCUAGGAUUCACAGCUCUGAAAAGAAUUGUCUGGCACAAGUCCUUCCACAUUCUGCUGGAGACAUUCAUAAAACACGCUAAACUCGGAUAUCCAGUCGAGUGUGGGGAUGGGUUGCUGCGGGUGCUAUGGGCAAUUAUUUUGAUUCUCACAGCAGACUAUGAAGAGCAGUGUGUGAUGUCUCUCAUCCGUGGUGUCAAGGGUGCUUGUCCGUGCCCAAUCUGUCUAGUUCCAUCCAAAGAGCAAGUUACUUUGGGAACCACUACACUCCAUCCCCUACGUACAGCAUCAGAAUCAAGUUCAAUUGUGCUCAGCAAUCGCAGCAAGCAAGAGAAGGAGGAUGCAUGCAAAGCGAUUGGUCUUCGGCCUCUGACUAAUGUUUUUUGGGAUGUUCCUUUCUCUGAUCCGCAUCAAACACUUUCCUGGGACCGACUACAUGCCUAUCACGGUGGCUUGUUCAGUGACCAUCUCUUUGCUGAGUUCCAGAAAGUGAUGGAGGCACGGCCAUCCUAUCAGAGGCUGGAUGUCAAUGAAGCGUUUGACAAAGUUCCACGGUGGUCAAAUCUCAAUCACUUCAGUGAGGUUACAUCUGUCAAUUUCACUGAUGGGUCAAAGUAUGAAGAUAUCUCAAAGAUCUUGGUUCCAGCAGCAUACACACUAUUCCAAGCUAGAGCAUUUCAGAACAGCCGCGAAUACAUUCUCAUGAAAUGCAUCCGACUCUACAAUAUCCUGGAUAUUUAUUCAGGCUUUGAAUGUCAUACUCUCACCACUGUGGAUUGUUUCUCGGCAACCCUACCUCUUUUCUCAGAUGCUAUCAAAUACUUGAGAGUCCACCCAGACAAGAAUUGGAACUUUCCCAAAAUGCACACACAACAGCACGCACCUGAUGAUAUUCUGCAGAAAGGUGUCACUCUGAACACCACCAGCAAGCCCUUUGAGAAGUCACAUGGUGUGCUCAAGGAUAUUUUUGAACAGCGCACAAACUUCAAGAAUGUGGAGGAACAGAUAGCUCGGUAUGAGCAGCAGCUCUCUAUUGCAAAACAAAUCAGGUUCAAGCUUCAGGCUCUACAAGGCCUUGAAAAUCUACCGCAGGGGCCUCCAGCUCCUAAUACCAGUGAUUUUCAAUUUAGUCAUGUCUACCUUGGUUCAAGAUCGGCAGCCACACCUCUUGCAACUAUCAUAGCUGUGAAUAACAUGCCUUUACACUUCCAUUCAAAGCUCCAAGACUUCCUUGAAGCACAGUCUGCCACUCAGGGCUUUUUUUUGGAUACAUCCCAUCCUGUGAGCCUCAACUUUCACAUCUUGUUGGCUGGUUGGGUAACUGAAUGUGCACAGAUUAUCAUGUCACGGUACUUGAAGGUCUCAUAUCGCUCACAAGUCACUUGGAAAUCCGAGACAGAUUAUUUGCGAUGCUCUGAACAGUUCCACAACGUCCCACGAUAUGAUUAUAUCAUAUAUCAGCUCUCCUCUGGCCACCUUGCAUUCGCAAAAAUGCGCUUGGUGUUUGCUAUCAGCAUUGCAGACACCCUUUACCCCAUCAUCUAUGCAGAACGACUCAACUUUCCACCUGGACCACGAACCAAGAUUGACAAAGAGCUCGGGCUUCAUCGACUCACAGAUUCAACACCACCACAAGACCUGUUCAUCUCCGCGCUAUCCGUGGUUCGAGGUGCAUUGGUAAUGGAUGAUCCGGGUCAUGGUGGACUUGACAGACUAGUGGUGGACAUGGUUGAUGCAGAUAUGUUCCUCAGGCUCAAAAGUGGAGUUCCAGAAUGGGCUGAAUAG